CCCUCUACCUUCUCUGUGGUCCUCUCUCUUACCCUAACCUGCGUUGCGCUCACACCCAGAAUGUAGAGUCCCAGGACUUCAAACAAUGCUGGUUAUUAGGAAGCCCUGUGUCAGAAGCCUGAACACCAGCCCUGGCAGGACAGGACUUCCUCCCUGCAGGGGGCAGGGCGGGGCGGGACCAUAGAGAUGACACAGCCCAGUCUGGUGGACAGGAGCUGCAGCUGGGUCUACAGACAGCAGACAGCGGACAGCGGGAACACCAACCACCCUGCCCAGGGUGUCAGCAUGGACUUGUGUCACCCAGACCCGGUGGGGCUGAGCAGCGUGGAGACGGAGGAGCUGCAGAAGAUCAGAUGGCACCGACAGCAGCUCCUGGAGGACAUCCAGGUGUGUGCACAGCCCCGAACGCACGUUCUCAUGCCCGCACACGCCGGCGCGCUUCCCACCCACUGCUUCCCCAGAGCAGGGCACAGCCAGAAACUAAAGGAAGAGAUCGCAGAUGUGUUUGCACAAAUCGACUGCUUUGAGACGGCGGAGGAGAGUCGCCUGGCCCAGAAGGAGAAGGAGCUAUGCACUGGACGCAAGAAGUUCAACAUGGACCCCGUGAAGGGCAUCCAGUACCUCAUUGAGCACAAGCUUCUGGGCCCUGACGUCCAGCACAUUGCACAGUUCCUAUACAAGGGUGAGGGCCUCAACAAGACGGCUAUUGGCAUCUACCUGGGGGAAAGGGAACCCGUGAACCUGCAGGUCCUCCAGGCCUUCGUGGACCACCACGAGUUCGCCAACCUCAACCUCGUCCAGGCCCUCAGGCAGUUCCUCUGGAGCUUCCGGCUGCCCGGGGAGGCCCAGAAGAUCGACCGGAUGAUGGAGGCCUUUGCCACACGAUACUGCUUCUGCAACCCGGGCGUCUUCCAGUCCACAGACACCUGCUACGUCCUUUCCUUCUCCGUCAUCAUGCUCAACACCAGCCUCCACAACCCCAAUGUCAGAGACAAGCCCCCCUUCGAGCGCUUCGUGUCCAUGAACCGUGGCAUCAAUGAGGGCAGCGACCUGCCUGAGGAGCAGCUGCGGAACCUCUUUGACAGCAUCAAGAGCGAGCCCUUCUCCAUCCCUGAAGAUGAUGGCAAUGACCUCACUCACACCUUCUUCAAUCCCGACUGCGAAGGCUGGCUGCUCAAGCUGGGGGGACGGGUGAAGACCUGGAAGAGACGCUGGUUCAUCCUGACCGACAGCUGCCUCUACUACUUCGAGUUCACCACAGACAAAGAGCCACGGGGGAUCAUACCCCUGGAAAAUCUCUCUGUGCAAAAGGUGGACGACCCCAAGAAACCGUUCUGCCUGGAGCUUUACAACCCCGCCUGCCGUGGCCAAAAGAUCAAGGCCUGCAAGACAGACGGGGACGGCAAGGUGGUGGAGGGCAAGCACGAGUCCUACCGCAUCUCGGCCUCCAGUGCAGAGGAGCGCGACCAGUGGAUCCAGGCCAUAAGAGCCAGCAUCACCCGCGUGCCCUACUACGACCUGGUGUCUGCAAGGAAGAAGAAGAUUGCCGGCAAGCACUGAGUCUGCUGGGCGGCAGUGAGGCGGAUGCUCACUACCUGAAGAACACGAACAGCUCAGACCUGUGGCCAGACCUUGAGGAAAUGCCCAGAGCACUGGACUAGGAGCCCAGACUGCACCAUCUCCACCACAGCUCCUCCUCCAAAGCCAUGUACCCUCUGCCGAGCCAUGUCGGCUCCUGGGAAGCCAGAGCAUCUGGACAGAAAUGCCUGGGCCCCUGGGCCAGUCCUGCAGGGUGUGAGCCACCCAGUGGGCCUUCCGGCACUGAUUUCCCUCUCCCUGAGGAGCUUGCUGCUGGAGGUGGCUGUCUGGCUUGCUGAGCCCCAGGGGACUCUGGACUGAAGGCUGCUGGGUGCAAGAGCAGAGGACUCCACUGCAAAGCCACUUGGGGGAGGCGGCUGGGGCUCCUCUAGUACAUGGCAGCGGCAGUGAGCACCCCAGAGAGAAGGGGCCUGAGAGCCAGAAGGAAGAGCUGUGUGAGCUGUGGACUCCUGGAGGGCUGCCUAGAGGAAGUGGCCAAUACAAAAGGAAUCACAGGAGUUCAUAGCAGAGUCCCAGCCUUUGCUUCUUCACUAGACCAGUACUGGGAGGCUAUGAGGGAGGCCCUGGCGGGGUCCCACCUCCUUGGAGCUGCACUAGCAAUGGCGGAGCAGGUGGGCUGCUCUGUCUUCAGGGAGGCCCCCGCUGGGGCAGGGUGGAAAUGGGGAGGAUUUCACAGACUGGCUUCUCACAGGCACUGGCCCCACCCCACAGCACUGGGGAGGCCUAGCCCAGCAGGAAAGCAGGGUGCACAGCUGCCCUGGCUGCCUGAGAGAGGGAAGCGGGAGGGAGGUUGGGGGACGUGUCCUUCUCCCGACACACAUACACAGGAGAUGCACUCCAUCUGCGGGGUCAGGGUGGAGUAGCUGCCUAGAGAGGUGGAGAGGCCCGUCUCUGCGGUGUCCUAGCACUUUCGAGAGGCUAGGGGGGGCACAUCUACAGGAGGAAGCCUCAGAACCUCACACCCCUUGUCAGUCUGGGUGCUAGGCAGCACCCUGCUGCCUCAUGUGGCCAGGAAAGUUGCCUAGUGAUGAGGGCAUGAGAUUCCCAGCUGGAAUCCAGCACUGCACAGGCAUUGCAACAAGUGCUCUGACCUCUCUCUCUCUCUCUCUCUCUCUCUCUGUCUCUCUC